UUGGUCGAGGUGGUGGCGGCCGCGCGCGCGGGGUCCCGGCGAGGAGGGGAAGCCGGUGGCCGCGAGGGGGGGAAGCCGGUGGCCGCGGCGGCGGAACGGGCGGAGGCUGCCGGUUUCGUAACCGUCGCUCCUCCUCGCUGACUCGCGGGCUGCGAGGCCUGGGUCGCAUCGGGCCGCGCCGCGCGGGGCUGCUCGGAGCGGAGGCCGCCUGGGGGCGGGCGGGCCGGAGGCGCAGGUACAUGUGAAGAUUUUUUGGCAGUUUAGCGUGGAAACUGUUGAACCCCUGUGCUGGUUUCUGCGCGUUCUGUGUUGGCCAGGGAGAGCGCCCAAAUGAGCAAGCCAUCGCAGCAGAACAGUACUCCAGGAGUGAACGGGAUAAGCGUCAUUCACACUCAGGCACAUGCCAGCGGCUUGCAGCAGGUCCCUCAGCUGGUGCCCGCUGGCCCUGGGGGAGGAGGCAAAGCUGCAGCUCCCAGCAAGCAAAGCAAAAAGAGUUCACCUAUGGAUCGAAAUAGCGAUGAGUAUCGGCAGCGCAGGGAGAGGAACAACAUGGCCGUGAAAAAGAGCCGGUUGAAAAGCAAGCAGAAAGCACAGGACACACUGCAGAGAGUGAAUCAGCUCAAGGAAGAGAACGAACGUUUGGAAGCAAAAAUCAAAUUGCUGACUAAGGAACUGAGUGUCUUAAAAGAUUUGUUUCUUGAGCACGCGCACAACCUUGCAGACAACGUGCAGCCCAUUAGCACUGAAAGCACAGCCACAGAUUCCAGUGGUUCAGGACAGUAGACCUUGCCCUCUCCAGACUCCACAGCCUGUGGUCUGAACCCUUAGUGGAUGUGACCUCCUGCAGCACUCGUACCAGUAGGUGAAGGUUGUCUUCUUCCAUUAUUCAAAGACACAGUGGAGGUCAUUUUCUAGGACCAGUACUGAGAGUUGAUUAGCUAAACAUGUUAACCUUGUAAUUUAAAUGUCUGGUUUUAAAUGACACAGUCUUUUGUGGGGAUAAAAAAGCAAGCAUUUUAAAGAUACAUGGUAAAAAAUUAUCCUGGACCUUGAUAUUUGUAAUAAAUCUUGACUUCCCGAGAAAUUCUUCUUUUUUAAAUUGGGGAAAAGAAAUGGGCAACCGGCAGGUCAUGCUGAAGGUUCUUGGCUCUGUAGUGGAGAUGUGAGUGGGAUUACGAAAAGUUGAAUGCCAUCUGUGUCAAUCUAUUUGUGAUUUUACUCUAAAUUAUGUAUUGUUAAGUCCUUAGAGCUGUAGAAACCAAUCACUUUGUAACUUGGAGUGAUUUUACGUAUAGCGUAAACUUUAUCUUAUCAUAAUUAGGACUGGUUCCCCCAACAAGUACAAGUUUUGGAAUUGUGAUGUCAGUUGAAGAAAGCUCAUCACAUCUUAAAGUCCGGUACAGCCAGUUGACUCAAAAGUGCAAGUAACAUUGAGAAAGAAAAUAGGCUUUAUUAGAAAAUAAAAGUAAAGCAUAUUAGAAUUAUUGGGUUUGGAUAUAUGUGGGUUAUUAGAUUGACAUUAUUUUGCCUUUAAAAAGAGCUCAGUGGUUUAGAGAAGCUUGUGUACCAAGACGUCUGUUUCUGCAGAUGCUAGUAGAGUAAGCAUUGUUUUGAAUAACGUUUUGACAGUCAGGUUAGUAAACAAAAUGUCUUAGCAGUUUGAUGCCACAUGCUGAUUGGGAGCUGGAAUAUUAAUCAACUCAGCAGGUAACUUUCUCUGUUCAAAAUAGCUGCCAUGGGGCUAUGAUUUUUAAAGGCAAAGGUUUCUUGUAAAGGAUCAUUUUGGUAUUUGAUCUUAACCAAGUGAUUAUUAGAAAAAUCUAUCAACUCCAUGCCAUCUCCUAAAAUUAUUGUUUAAGAAAACUUGAAAGUGUAAGGUUUAACCUUUAAUUUAUUCACUUAAAUACAUCUUUUUAUAAUACUUUUGUUAUAUAUCUGUUUCUCUGGCUAGUGACCGUUCUGCUAGACUUUAUGUACCACUGCUUCUGCUUAGUCAUGUUCUUUUAUGUCCCAUAAAUUAUUUUAGAAAGAAAAUGCUGAUAAAACUCAGGAUAUUGACGUUUCUGUUUGGACUCCAUGGCAGUCACUCAGACAGGGAGUCUAGAGUCUGGCUUCUGUCCGUGUUGGUAAAACCGACAGAAGCCAGCUUCCUUUUUGCAGCACAGUUCUAGCUCAGAUUUGUUGGCUUUUGUGUAGUUCUUUGUUUCUGGGCUGGUGAUGAAACUGAAUCAUAUCUGAUUAAAAGUUUGUGUCACCAGGCAUCUCAUUUGGCCACAUUGCUGUUUCAGACUAGGACUUGGGAUAAUGUAACCAGGAUGUAACUCAAGUUGCACCCUGGGGGUCGUGGAAGAGUGCGAGUGCCGACUCUAUAUCCUCCUGGGCAGGAGAAGACAUCGCAGUGCCCUGCAACUCAGCAGAGCCAUUGUUAGGGUCACAGGGCCCUGCUGAAUGUCAGACAGGAGCCCAGGGUUGUUCCAUGAGAUGUUGUCCCAGGAGGGUUAUUAACACAUAUAGAGCCAAGAAGUAGGUUUCUGUUAGGGUCCAGUACUUGUUCACUUUGGCUGGAGUAUUGAUCUCCUCAUAAAGGCUGAUAAAUGUUUUGAAUAACCAGGAUACCAUAGAAUCCUACUGAUUGAUGUUAUAUAAUUAAUCGGUGAUGCAGUUAGGUCACUUGAAUCUUUUUUUUUAAA